GGCACUGAGGAGGAAACACACACACAGACACACACACACACAAAGACAAGAGGCUUAUUGUAUCCACACACACACACACACACACACACACACACACGCACACACUUAGUUGCUGGUCACUCACAGACACACUCUUCAUUGGACUCUGGACUGACCACUUGAGGAUACAUCCCUCAGGACUCCAUUUCCCAUCAUGCACGAGUGGAGCAUCUCAGAGCUCCAGGGCGUCUCCACCCAGCAGGGGGUCUCCACCCGACGGACUACCCAGGACGGAGCUUCCAGGAGCUCCAGGUGGAGGAGGGGGGCCGUGCUCUGCGGCGUCUGCCCAUCGGGGGCGGCUCCUGUCUGGGCAUGGUGGCUGGUGCUGAGUGCCCUGGUGGUUCCUGGAGUCUGGAGCUUUCUCAGCGAGGAGCAGGAGGAGCUGCUGGUGGAGCUUCACAACCACUACAGAGGACUGGUGUCCCCCAGCGCCUCCGCCAUGAUGCCUCUGAAAUGGGACCCGAGUCUGAAGCUGAUCGCAGAGGGCUACGCCACUAAGUGUGUCUGGAACCACAACCCGGAGCUGGAGGACACCGGAGAGAAUCUGUUUGCCGGCACCGGGCCCCUGGACCUCCGGGAGGCCCUGGAGAAAUGGUUCCUGGAACAUCAUGACUACAACUUUCACAACAACAGCUGUGACGAGGACAAGAUGUGUGGACACUACACACAGAUGGUGUGGGCGGACACACACAGAGUCGGCUGUGCCUUUCACCUCUGUAACAAUAUGGAGGGUCUGCAGUGGGAGAGAGUCUCCUACCUCGUCUGCAACUACUUCCCAGCAGGAAACUAUGAAGGCGAGCGGCCGUACGUCGAAGGUGACUGGUGCUCGAGAUGUCCUGAGAACCUGCAGCAGUGUGAAAACAACCUGUGUGUGGACGACUUUGAGGAGGAGGAUGGUACCGACUGGGCGACGCUCGCUCCUCAUCUGGUGACCUCAGACCCCGCCCUUCAUCAUGAGGAGCAGGGGGAUAAGGAGGAGGAGGAGGAGGAGAAGAUUGUUCCUCCUCCUCCUCCUGCAACAACUGAAGUCGAGCCUUCCACCACCUUCAUCCCCAUAUUGAUCUCUGAGGACACCCCGCCCCCAGUCACUACCCCUCCAAACAUCUACUCAACUGGACUGGGAGAGGAGGAGAGGGGGGAUAGAGUGUUGGAGGAGGAGGAGGAGGAGGAGGAGGAGGGGAAGAAGGAAGAGGAGAGGGAGGAUGAAAUGUUGGAGGAGGAGGUGAAGAAGGAGGAGGAGAGGGAGGAUCCAGUGUUGGGGGAGGAGAUGAAGAAGGAGGAGGAGGUGAAGGAGGAGGAGGUGACGGAGGAGGAGGUGAAGGAGGAGGAGGUGAAGGAGGAGGAGGUGAAGGAGGAGGAGGUGAAGGAGGAGGAGGUGAAGGAGGAGGAGGUGAAGGAGGAGGAGGAGAGGAAGGAUACUCUGGACAAGACGGACAGAGAAAGAGAAAUAGAAGAAGCACGGAAAAGACACCAGAUCCCGAAAGUAAGACCGAAUUCUGGAUCAGUAUCAUCACCUUCUCUCCUGUUAGCGUCUCUGACUGGGAUCCUGAGUCUGAGGCUGUGAGGAGGAGGAGGAGGAGGAGGAGGAGGAGGAGAUAACCUCACCUUACACUUGCAUUGACUUGUUAACCUGAACCUGUGGUAACAGAGUGAAAUGGGUCAAAUUAAUAAUUCACACUCAUCAGGACGAACAGCUGCCGUUUUCAUAACAUCUGCAUGCGUCUGGUCUGACAUCUGGAUCAGACCACACGUUCAUAACCUGAAUCUGAAAUCCAGAAACGUUACUGACGACUUUUUAAAUACGUUGUUUUCAGGUUGACGAAACAAAUUUGACAAUUUCUUACUCACAAACGUUUGAAAUGUCUCGUGGACGCUGGUUCAGAGUCGGUGGAUCGUUUAUCUUCAGGGUGAAAGUGGCGUCGCUGUGUCUCAGCUCAUGAAACUUUGAAUAACCAGGAAACAGAGUGUGAGACGUGUUUUUUGUGUUUUUAGUUUUUAGUGAAUGCAGGAGAGAUGAUUGUUAAAAGGUCAAACUGACGACCCUGCUUCUUCUUGAUAUAUAUCGACUGUACGACUUAUACUCGCUCAGAACCACAACUGGACACAGUCGCUAAUGAUUUACAGAUCUGUGUCCUAGUCGGCAGGAAAUCACCAUAACUAUCAAUUACUAGAUAUAGGAAGUCUGUAAAUGUCUGUAUAUAAGAUUAAUAAUGAAAUAAACCGUAUU